CUUUCAAAACUCCAGGUGAUCAUACAAUUGUUAUUCACAUUAAGGGUAGUUUGUUUCUCCUUUAUCGCAGUUAGCGGUUUGAAAUGCCAUCACUGCCUAAGCUCGUCAUCGCUGUAUGAUUGUGGCAAGUCAAGCGAGAAGAUUGAAUGUCCUGAAAUAGCAGACAACUGUGCUAAUAUUUCCACUGAAGUCGAGGCUAGCGUUGGUUCGAUUAAAAGCUAUUUCUACGGCUGUGCUACCAAGAAAAUGUGCGACGAUGCCAGGGAACAACUUAAAGUGUGUCAAAAGAUCAGUGGUGGAGGCUAUAAAGUGAAAUGCAACAUCACUUGCUGCAAUGGAGAUUUAUGCAGUCCAAUCGUUACUUCACAAAGUACCAUGCCACUUUCAGGCCACUUUUUCCUACUUCCUGUAAUAAUUUCCGCUCUUUCUUAUCUUAAAGACUACUGA